UGUGUAUCUAUGUCUGUGUCUAUGAGUGAUAUUUUUUUCCUUUCCGCCAUUUUGAGUCAGAGAGAAAGAAAGAAAGUGAGAGGAAAGAAACAGUAGCUGAAGCUUUGGAGCUAUAGUACCAGCAAUAGUUGUGACUCUCUGAUAUUUCUCGUGAUUUGCAUUUCAACCCUUUCUUUUUUUUUUCUCUCUCUCUCUCUCUCUCUCUCUUUCUUCAUUCACUGCUAGUGCUUUCUCAACCUCUAACCAAACCCACUUUGCUUUCUCUCGUGAGCUCUAACCAGUAUCCAUCUUCAACAAAAAUCAAGACCCCAGAAGAAGAACAAGCUUUUUGUUUGUCUGUCCCUUCCAAAAAAGCCUGUCUUUUUUUUUUUUCUAUUGUUUUUGAAGCUUUCUUUGUUUCCACUGCUUAUUGAUCACUGUGUCUCUCAGGACUGUUUUGGGACCACUCUCUUUGUUUCAGGUUUGGAUGCUUCAUUUUUGAAUUAGUGAAGAGGAUUUAACAAGCCAUUUGAAUCUGUAAAUCACUAUGAUAGAAGGAAGCUUCAGAGUAUAUUUGGUGUGUUUUCUAGAUUCUGUGCUGGUCCAUGUUCAAAAUUCUUCUCUAGAAUUGGGUUAAUUUUUGCAAGGCUGAAACUACUUUUUGUGGAAUUUUUAUGGAAUCAGCAAAGAUGGGGACUCUACCCGGUACUAGUGAAAUUGUUGAAUCAACAGAAGAAUCGGAUUCUCAAUAUAAAAUGGAUGAGAAAACUGUAAACCUCUGUAUGCAGGAAUUGGGAAAUAGAUAUUCUAUAGAGGAUGAUAUUAAUCGCCUUUUUCAGCAAAUUGACAUUAAAACUAAAGCUAGAAGAUUGGGUCAGUCGCAUGAAAUUGGUAGAGACCCUUUGCGAAAGAGUGCUCAGAAAAGGCCGAUGAGAGUUAGUUCGUCUCAUUCAUCAGGAAUUGGAAUAGCAGAGCCUGUGAGUUUGAAGCAAGCCCUAAGAGGACUCUGCAUCUCGCAGGCAUCUGAAAUGGCUGCCAUGAAGCGAUUAUCUAAGCCACCCAGUUCACCAGGAGUCUCAGAAGCAGGAACCAUCAAAAGGUUGUAUAGGGCAGUGGUUGUUGAGGCAAAUGGAGCUGGCAUUCCAACAAAAGAAGGUAAGGGCAAUUUGAUGGAAAUCUCUCUUGUACCAGAAAGAAGCAUGUCAAGAUUUUCUGAUAUGACACCUGAAUCCAUGCAAAUGCCCAAUGCAGAUUUAUCAAACCAUAGUGCUCAUCCUUCCACUCCUUCAGCUGGUGGAAUGAUGCCAGAUGCAAUGAUGACCAGAUUACCAUCACAGGAUCAGAUUGUUCCUUUGCAGACAGAUGUUGGGAGUGAAAUGUUAAAGGCAGAGGUCAGAAAACUAAAAUCUGCAGAUUCUUCAAUCACUAAUGUCAGCGAGAAGGUUCUGGAGGUGGAUGCAGCUGCUCCCACUUCAGUAGAAGUUCCAAGCAAAACUUUAAUGCCAGAUGGGGGGCAGAAAGGUAAGUUGCAUUCUCUGUCUUCCUCAUCUAGCUCCAGCAAUGCUAGUAGGGUAAGCAAAUGGGCUAGCAACAGUCAAAGUUUAAUGAAGCCAGUCUUCAGGAACAAGAACUCUAUCAAGACAAAAACAAAGCAGGAUUCAAGUUCUGCCUCAAGCAGUUCUAAUCCUUGUAAUGAAAAACUUGAUGAUGAUUUGGGUCCUAGUACAAGUAAUGUGGACAAUCAGACACAAAGUUGUACUAUGAAGCCUGAUAGGAAACAAAAUGAGAAGGCUUCUUCAGCAUCUAGCAGUAUGAAUGUUAGCAUUGAAGCCAAUUCAAGUACUUUGGACACGGGUUCAAGCAAACCAGGUUUCAGUUUGAAUUGUAGUAACAGAAGUAAAUCUCUUGUGACAAAGACUGAUGAGAGAUCGAGGUCUAGAGAAAAGGGGGAGUUCUCCCAAAGCUCAAAAAGUAGCAUUGGUGACUAUAGUACUAGCACAAGCAAUAGUGAGGAAAGCAAUGUGUGUGGGCCUAGUCGCAGUGGCAAGAGGCCUCACAUGUCUAAAGACUUGAGAUGGGAAGCCAUCCAUAGUGUUCAGAAGCAGCAAGGAAACUUAAGUUUGAGGCAUUUCAAGAUGCUUAGGAGGCUUGGUUGUGGAGACAUUGGGACUGUUUAUCUCGCUGAACUAACUAGUACAAACUGCCUAUUUGCUUUGAAGGUGAUGGAUAAUGAUUUUUUGGUGAGCAGGAAAAAAAUGCCCAGGGCCCAAACUGAAAAAGAGAUAUUACAAAUGCUGGAUCAUCCUUUUCUUCCUACUCUGUAUGCCCAUAUUGCAACGGAUAAGCUGUCAUGUUUGGUUAUGGAGUAUUGUCCAGGUGGAGAUUUGCAUGUGCUGCGGCAGAAGCAACCAAGCAGGUGUUUCUCGGAACAAGCUUCCAGGUUUUAUGUUGCUGAAGUUCUCCUCGCACUGGAGUAUUUACAUAUGCUUGGAGUUGUGUACAGAGACUUGAAACCAGAAAAUAUCCUGGUCAGAGAAGAUGGUCACAUCAUGCUCUCAGAUUUUGACUUAUCACUGAGAUGUGCUGUCAAUCCGAUGGUGGUUAAAUCUUCUUCUCCCAUCCUGGAACCCGUGAAAAAGAUGUCAAGUCCAUGUACCGAAUCUAGCUGCAUCGAUCCUUUUUGUCUCCAACCAUCUUGGCAAGUCCCAUGCUUCACUCCUAGACUUAUAUCUGCUGCAGCAAAAGCUCGGAAGAUAAAAGCUGAUCUAGCUGCCCAGGUCAGCCCACUCCCACAGCUUGUCGUGGAGCCAACAAGUGCUCGAUCAAACUCCUUUGUAGGAACCCAUGAAUACCUUGCUCCUGAGAUCAUCAAAGGGGAGGGUCACGGGAGUGCUGUUGAUUGGUGGACGUUUGGAAUUUUUCUGUUUGAACUGUUAUAUGGUAAGACGCCCUUCAAGGGUUCAGGAAAUGAGGAAACACUAUCGAACGUAGUGUCACGGAGCCUCAAGUUUCCAAAUAGCCCUAUAGUUAGCUUUCAUGCAAGAGAUUUGAUUAGAGGCCUUCUCAUAAAGGACCCCGAAAAUCGGUUAGGAUCUGUGAAAGGGGCUGCAGAGAUCAAGCAGCACCCUUUCUUUGAAGGCCUUAAUUGGGCUCUAAUACGGUGUGCAGUACCACCGGAGCUGCCAAAGUUCUCUGAUAUUGAAAGUGCUGCAACAGCCGCACAGAAAAAGGAGAGUGCUAAGUGUAAUGAGCUUGAGACUACAGGAGGAGAGUAUGUGGAGUUUGAGCUAUUCUAAUUAGAAGAGGGUUUUCUUUUCUUAACUUUUUCUUCCUUGUUGCAACUGAUAAUAUAGUUUAUAAUGUAAAUGUUAUACAAUACUAUGGCGGCAUAUUAUAGAGUUUUACAUAUAAAAUAUGAAUCAGUAGCUGAGAGUCCAAAUGGGAACCAAGGGGAGCCUUUUUCUCUACCCUUGUUGGUAGGUUUUAUUUCAUGCACUUGUACCUUAAUUGGCCAAGCUCGUGGGACAUUAUACAUUAAACAUAUUCACUUUCAUGGUCUUUUAUGGCUA